GCAUGCGUCGUUCCUUUUAGCAGCGCGUGGUUCCUGAGCUAUCGGCCUUGUGCAAAGUUCGUAUUAUUUGUUCACUUUUAAUCUUUAUAAACUUAAUUUUACUGCCUACAUCUUGCUGAAAAUGUUUAAUAGCUGUAGAGAAAAAUUUAGAACCUUCUAUCAAUUGAAAAGCUUGAUGCUCUCAAAUAUUAUAAACCAUAUGUGUCAUUGCCUAUAAAUGUGCAAUAAUUCAGAAGUUUUUUUGUUAACAUAGGUCGAAUUUUUUUCAACAGGCAUAUCCUUGUAUCACCACGUGGCAGAAAAAUGAGUAAAAAAGACCGAGGUGGUCCGGUACAGGACAAAUUGACUCGUAUUGCUAUCGUUAGCAAUGAUAAAUGCAAACCAAAAAAAUGUCGCCAAGAAUGUAAAAGAUCUUGUCCAGUAGUACGAAUGGGUAAACUUUGUAUAGAAGUUGAAACAAACGAUAAAAUUGCCUGGAUUUCCGAAGAAUUGUGCAUUGGCUGUGGUAUUUGUGUGAAAAAGUGUCCAUUCGAAGCAAUUAACAUCAUAAAUUUGCCAAGUAAUUUGGAAAAACAGACAACGCAUCGUUACAAUGCCAACUCAUUUAAACUACAUAGAUUGCCCAUACCAAGACCAGGGGAAGUUCUUGGUCUUGUGGGAACUAAUGGUAUCGGAAAGUCAACGGCAUUAAAAAUCCUAGCUGGAAAGCUCAAACCAAAUUUAGGAAAAUUCUCUAAUCCACCCGACUGGACGGAAGUUGUAACUUACUUCCGAGGCUCUGAAUUGCAAAAUUAUUUCACAAAAAUUCUAGAGGACGAUUUAAAAGCCAUCAUUAAACCUCAAUACGUAGAUCAAAUUCCGAAAGCUGUUAAGGGAACAGUUCAAGAUUUAUUAAAUAAAAAAGACGAAAUGAAUAAUCAAGAAAGAGUUUGCACAACUCUAGAUUUGAUGAAUGUUAGAGACCGAGAAAUAAAAGAUUUAUCUGGAGGAGAACUGCAGAGGUUUGCUUGUGCCAUGGUUUGCAUUCAACGUGCUGAUAUAUUCAUGUUUGAUGAACCUUCCUCCUACUUGGACGUUAAACAGCGUUUAAAAGCUGCUCUUGCAAUUAGGAAUUUGAUAGAAGCUAAUCGCUAUGUCAUCGUUGUCGAACACGAUUUAUCUGUAUUAGACUAUUUAUCUGAUUUUAUUUGCUGUUUAUAUGGUGUUCCUGGAGCUUAUGGAGUGGUUACUAUGCCUUUCAGUGUUCGGGAAGGAAUAAAUAUCUUUCUUGACGGUUUCGUGCCAACAGAAAAUUUGCGAUUUAGAGACACUUCUCUUAUAUUCAAAGUAGCAGAAACUGCAACGGAAGAAGAAAUAAAGAGAAUGUGCAGAUACGACUAUGGCAAUAUGCAGAAGAAAAUGGGAGGCUUUGAGUUAGAUAUCGCUAGAGGUGCAUUUACUGAUUCUGAAAUUGUUGUCAUGUUGGGUGAAAAUGGAACUGGGAAAACUACUUUUAUUCGAAUGUUGGCCGGAAGACUGGAACCUGAUAGUGGAGAUAAAGCACCAACGUUAAACGUCAGUUAUAAGCCUCAGAAGAUCAGUCCCAAAUCUCAAGGAACUGUUAGACAAUUGUUGCAUGAAAAAAUUCGUGACGCAUAUGUACAUCCUCAGUUCGUUGCUGAUGUCAUGAAACCGCUGCUUAUAGAACAAUUGAUGGACCAAGAAGUACAAAAUUUAUCUGGUGGUGAAUUGCAAAGAGUUGCUAUCACAUUGUGCCUUGGUAAACCAGCCGAUGUUUAUUUAAUUGAUGAGCCUUCAGCUUACUUGGACUCAGAACAACGUUUACAUGCAGCUAAAGUAAUCAAACGAUUCAUCCUACAUGCUAAAAAGACAGCUUUCAUAGUGGAGCAUGAUUUUAUAAUGGCAACUUAUUUAGCAGACAAAGUAAUAGUGUUUGAAGGAAAGCCGUCAGUUCAAACAAAAGCUAAUAAGCCACAGUCAUUGUUAAAUGGAAUGAAUAAAUUUUUGGAAUCUUUGGAUAUCACAUUCCGAAGAGACCCAAAUAACUUCAGACCAAGAAUCAACAAAUUAAACUCGGUUAAGGACUCUGAGCAAAAGAAGGCAGGAAACUAUUUCUUCUUAGAAGAUUAA